AUGAAAGGAAUAUCCUAUCGGGGUAAUCAUAUUUGCUUCGGAAGAUAUGCUCUUCAGGCACUUGAACCCGCUUGGAUCACAUCUAGACAAAUAGAAGCAGGUCGGCGGGCAAUGUCACGAAAUGUCCGCCGAGGUGGACAAAUAUGGGUACGGAUAUUUCCAGACAAACCAGUUACAGUAAGACCAACCGAAACGCGUAUGGGUUCGGGAAAGGGAUCUCCCGAAUAUUGGGUAGCUGUCGUUAAACCCGCCGAUAACAGCGGAGCCCGCCAAUUGAUGUGUAUUCGAAUCAUAGGAGCAGGUAAUCGACGAUAUGCUUCUAUUGGUGACAUUGUUGUUGCUGUAAUCAAGGAAGCGGUACCAAAUAUGUCUUUAGAAAGAUCAGAAGUGAUUAGAGCUGUAAUUGUACGUACUUGUAAAGAACUUAAACGUAGCAAUGGCAUGAUAAUACAAUAUGAUGAUAAUGCCGCGGUUGUCAUUGAUCAAGAGGGAAAUCCAAAAGGAACUCGAAUUUUUGGCGCAAUCGCCCGGGAAUUGAGACAGUUAAAUUUCACUAAAAUAGUUUCAUUAGCACCUGAGGUAUUAUAA